AUGGCGAACUGGAGGUCAGAUUCACAAAGUGUCAUUGGACAAUUCAGUGCUACUUCAGCUACACAGAAUCCUCAUCACUAUCCCCCACACUCAAACCAGCACAGAAUCCUCAUCACUAUCCCCCACACUCAAACCAGCACAGAAUCCUCAUCACUAUCCCCCACACUCAAACCAGCACAGAAUCCUCAUCACUAUCCCCCACACUCAAACCAGCACAGAAUCCUCAUCACUAUCCCCCACACUCAAACCAGCACAGAAUCCUCAUCACUAUCCCCCACACUCAAACCAGCACAGAAUCCUCAUCACUAUCCCCCACACUCAAACCAGCACAGAAUCCUCAUCACUAUCCCCCACACUCAAACCAGCACAGAAUCCUCAUCACUAUCCCCCACACUCAAACCAGCACAGAAUCCUCAUCACUAUCCCCCACACUCAAACCAGCACAGAAUCCUCAUCACUAUCCCCCACACUCAAACCAGCACAGAAUCCUCAUCACUAUCCCCCACACUCAAACCAGCACAGAAUCCUCAUCACUAUCCCCCACACUCAAACCAGCACAGAAUCCUCAUCACUAUCCCCCACACUCAAACCAGCACAGAAUCCUCAUCACUAUCCCCCACACUCAAACCAGCACAGAAUCCUCAUCACUAUCCCCCACACUCAAACCAGCACAGAAUCCUCAUCACUAUCCCCCACACUCAAACCAGCACAGAAUCCUCAUCACUAUCCCCCACACUCAAACCAGCACAGAAUCCUCAUCACUAUCCCCCACACUCAAACCAGCACAGAAUCCUCAUCACUAUCCCCCACACUCAAACCAGCACAGAAUCCUCAUCACUAUCCCCCACACUCAAACCAGCACAGAAUCCUCAUCACUAUCCCCCACACUCAAACCAGCACAGAAUCCUCAUCACUAUCCCCCACACUCAAACCAGCACAGAAUCCUCAUCACUAUCCCCCACACUCAAACCAGCACAGAAUCCUCAUCACUAUCCCCCACACUCAAACCAGCACAGAAUCCUCAUCACUAUCCCCCACACUCAAACCAGCACAGAAUCCUCAUCACUAUCCCCCACACUCAAACCAGCACAGAAUCCUCAUCACUAUCCCCCACACUCAAACCAGCACAGAAUCCUCAUCACUAUCCCCCACACUCAAACCAGCACAGAAUCCUCAUCACUAUCCCCCACACUCAAACCAGCACAGAAUCCUCAUCACUAUCCCCCACACUCAAACCAGCACAGAAUCCUCAUCACUAUCCCCCACACUCAAACCAGCACAGAAUCCUCAUCACUAUCCCCCACACUCAAACCAGCACAGAAUCCUCAUCACUAUCCCCCACACUCAAACCAGCACAGAAUCCUCAUCACUAUCCCCCACACUCAAACCAGCACAGAAUCCUCAUCACUAUCCCCCACACUCAAACCAGCACAGAAUCCUCAUCACUAUCCCCCACACUCAAACCAGCACAGAAUCCUCAUCACUAUCCCCCACACUCAAACCAGCACAGAAUCCUCAUCACUAUCCCCCACACUCAAACCAGCACAGAAUCCUCAUCACUAUCCCCCACACUCAAACCAGCACAGAAUCCUCAUCACUAUCCCCCACACUCAAACCAGCACAGAAUCCUCAUCACUAUCCCCCACACUCAAACCAGCACAGAAUCCUCAUCACUAUCCCCCACACUCAAACCAGCACAGAAUCCUCAUCACUAUCCCCCACACUCAAACCAGCACAGAAUCCUCAUCACUAUCCCCCACACUCAAACCAGCACAGAAUCCUCAUCACUAUCCCCCACACUCAAACCAGCACAGAAUCCUCAUCACUAUCCCCCACACUCAAACCAGCACAGAAUCCUCAUCACUAUCCCCCACACUCAAACCAGCACAGAAUCCUCAUCACUAUCCCCCACACUCAAACCAGCACAGAAUCCUCAUCACUAUCCCCCACACUCAAACCAGCACAGAAUCCUCAUCACUAUCCCCCACACUCAAACCAGCACAGAAUCCUCAUCACUAUCCCCCACACUCAAACCAGCACAGAAUCCUCAUCACUAUCCCCCACACUCAAACCAGCACAGAAUCCUCAUCACUAUCCCCCACACUCAAACCAGCACAGAAUCCUCAUCACUAUCCCCCACACUCAAACCAGCACAGAAUCCUCAUCACUAUCCCCCACACUCAAACCAGCACAGAAUCCUCAUCACUAUCCCCCACACUCAAACCAGCACAGAAUCCUCAUCACUAUCCCCCACACUCAAACCAGCACAGAAUCCUCAUCACUAUCCCCCACACUCAAACCAGCACAGAAUCCUCAUCACUAUCCCCCACACUCAAACCAGCACAGAAUCCUCAUCACUAUCCCCCACACUCAAACCAGCACAGAAUCCUCAUCACUAUCCCCCACACUCAAACCAGCACAGAAUCCUCAUCACUAUCCCCCACACUCAAACCAGCACAGAAUCCUCAUCACUAUCCCCCACACUCAAACCAGCACAGAAUCCUCAUCACUAUCCCCCACACUCAAACCAGCACAGAAUCCUCAUCACUAUCCCCCACACUCAAACCAGCACAGAAUCCUCAUCACUAUCCCCCACACUCAAACCAGCACAGAAUCCUCAUCACUAUCCCCCACACUCAAACCAGCACAGAAUCCUCAUCACUAUCCCCCACACUCAAACCAGCACAGAAUCCUCAUCACUAUCCCCCACACUCAAACCAGCACAGAAUCCUCAUCACUAUCCCCCACACUCAAACCAGCACAGAAUCCUCAUCACUAUCCCCCACACUCAAACCAGCACAGAAUCCUCAUCACUAUCCCCCACACUCAAACCAGCACAGAAUCCUCAUCACUAUCCCCCACACUCAAACCAGCACAGAAUCCUCAUCACUAUCCCCCACACUCAAACCAGCACAGAAUCCUCAUCACUAUCCCCCACACUCAAACCAGCACAGAAUCCUCAUCACUAUCCCCCACACUCAAACCAGCACAGAAUCCUCAUCACUAUCCCCCACACUCAAACCAGCACAGAAUCCUCAUCACUAUCCCCCACACUCAAACCAGCACAGAAUCCUCAUCACUAUCCCCCACACUCAAACCAGCACAGAAUCCUCAUCACUAUCCCCCACACUCAAACCAGCACAGAAUCCUCAUCACUAUCCCCCACACUCAAACCAGCACAGAAUCCUCAUCACUAUCCCCCACACUCAAACCAGCACAGAAUCCUCAUCACUAUCCCCCACACUCAAACCAGCACAGAAUCCUCAUCACUAUCCCCCACACUCAAACCAGCACAGAAUCCUCAUCACUAUCCCCCACACUCAAACCAGCACAGAAUCCUCAUCACUAUCCCCCACACUCAAACCAGCACAGAAUCCUCAUCACUAUCCCCCACACUCAAACCAGCACAGAAUCCUCAUCACUAUCCCCCACACUCAAACCAGCACAGAAUCCUCAUCACUAUCCCCCACACUCAAACCAGCACAGAAUCCUCAUCACUAUCCCCCACACUCAAACCAGCACAGAAUCCUCAUCACUAUCCCCCACACUCAAACCAGCACAGAAUCCUCAUCACUAUCCCCACACUCAAACCCACAAAUUUCCUCACCUUCCCCCCACUCAAAACCGCCAGAAUCCUCCCUUUUCCCCCCACCCAAAAAAACCGAAUCUCACACUAUCCCCCCCCUCAAAAAGCACAAAUCCCCCUAUCCCCCAAACCCCCAAACCAGCCAGACCUUUAUACUAUCCCCCACCAACCCCCAAAGAAUUCAUCAUACCCCCAAAAUCAAACCCGCACAGAACCUCUACUUCCCCCCCCUCAAAACCGCACGCCCAUCACUUUUCCCCCCCCCAACCAGCACAGAAACCCCAUCCUUCCCCCACAUCAACCCCCACCCCUCCCUCAUCCCCUUCCCCACAUAA